UUCAGAACCAAUAUAUAAAAAUUGGUUCUGAACUCUGAUAAACGUGAUAAAACAGCACGACAUAAGCUAUAUUCUAUCUCUGUCUUCUGUCCUGUUUUACCAUUAAAUCUGACUUAGUGUUUCGAUUUUCUGCCAUUUAUCCUAUGGCGGCACUCGUGAUGUUGAUUACGUGUUAGACCAGGCAAAGUGGAGGCAACGAGCAGUCCAUAGUUAUAUAGUCAAAGGUUCAAACUGCCGCCACGCAAAAAAGCACGUCGUUUAUUGGCUGGAAGGAAUGCUACCCCCUCUCAUCAUGCGCAAUGGUUCACCUUGUAUACUUCCACCAUGGGGCAUACAACGUGAACAGACCUUCAAACAUCUGUGCUGUUAGUGCUAUGGUGUUAACUGAAUGAUAUGAGAUCUGUAUUUUUGUUUGAAUUUCAAAAUCUGAAAAAUGAGGAAGCACUGUUGAAUAUGCGCAAAUAAAAUUGAAGUUAAGCUAUAGUUAAAGGUAUAGAGGGGUAAAGGGGAUAGAACGUCGAGUGUUUCAACGCACUCAGGAUGACGUUACCCGGCAUCGGGGUGUUUGGCACAGGCAGUAUCGUCCGGAUUAUUAUACCCUUUCUCAGAGAAAAGGGCUUUAGAAUCGAGGCUAUAUGGGGUCGUACGCUGAUGGAGGUCUCAGAGGUAGCGAGUGAUCUUCAAAUACCAUUUUAUACCAGCCGUAUAGACGACGUUCUCCUGAAGAAGGACGUGGACCUAAUCUUCAUCAUGUGCUCGCCGAGUUUGCAUUCUCAGAUUGCUGUCAAAGCACUAGGCAUAGGGAAGCAUGUUGUGUGCGAUAAGCCUGCGGGUCUGAGUCAAAGUGAGGCUUUGAAGAUGGUACGGGCCGCCCAGUAUUAUCCCUCACUGAUCAGCAUAGUCAAUCAUAGCCUAAGGUUUUUGCCAGCCUUUGUACAUAUGAAGAAGGCAUUGGAAGAUGGAUAUCUGGAUGGAUCUGUAACAAUUAUAGAAGUGCGAGUACAUAUGGGAAGUUUGUUACACAACGGAUAUGAUUGGUUGUGUGAUGACACAAUGGGUGGAGGAAUCCUGGCGUUGGUGGGCAGUCACGUUAUAGAUUUGAUUUUUCACUUAAUGGGUCAACGAGCUUCGCGGGUGCAUGCUGUUGUGAGAACAUUUACCCAAACAAACAAGUAUAUCAACGGGAUCAGGCACGUCACGUCGCCAGAUUUCUGUAGCUUUCAAAUGGAAUUGAGUGGCGGCACUUUAGUAACGGCUACCUUGAGCAAUCACCUGCAGGGACAGCUCUCGCAGGAGGUGCUGAUAUGCGGCGGUGGAAAUCAUUUGGUGGUGCGAGGCGGAGACCUGUAUGGAUGCCGCGGUGAACAAGAGGAGAUCCUGUAUCGCGACACGGAUGAUUUGCAAGGGAUGUCCUUACCGAUGGCGGACUCCAUACCCAGGCCCUAUGUCAAAGGACUCAGGAAGAUGAUCGCUGCGCUGAGAGAAGCCUUCCAAUCUGUCGAGGAUAAGAGAGGCUGGAUUAAGGAGCCAGUGUUUUCCGCGUCUACGUUUGAAGAUGGCCUAUACGUGCAAGCUGUUAUUGACGCGUUGCGACAAAGUAACAAGCAGCGUGGCUGGGCCAAAGUUAACAUCUUGACGGAAGAGCCAGAUCCGAAUCCUUUGUUGAGCGCUGCUGUCAGAGCUACAGCCAUCUCGAUAUAGAAGUCUGCUUCACAGAAGCUUUUCGUCAUGAAGAGCUUUGUUGUACUGUUUUAUAUUUAGUAUACAUAGAAGCUGUAUACUGAUAUAUUAAUUACGAGAGAUAACCCUGAUAGCACAUAAGUCUCAGUUAUGUUACAGUUAUGUUGCAAAGACGUUUCAAUAUCUUUGCAACAUAACUGCAACAUAACUGAGACAUAACUGAGACUUGUUGUGCUAUCAGGGAAGGCAGCUAUCCCAUUUUAAUUUUUCCAUCAUUUAACUUAUUAUCGUUUACGUAAUACAAUUCAUUUUUGUGC